AUGACGGAAGCCGAGAAGAUUACUGUGGAGAAGCCCGACUUCGACGCAUACAAUGAGAAGCUCGGGAGCAUUUCCGAAUCGAUUGACCAAGUGAAGAAGAAAAUUGAAAACUUGCAGAAGGAAAUAAAAGUUGCGAACAAGGGAAAGGAGGAGUUCAACAAGAAGAAGAAGGAUAUUGUAACCAGAAUUGAUGGAGUGCAGGAGGAAAUAGACAAGCUCGAAAAUGAAAGGAGAAAAAUAUUGGAUGAAAUGGACAAGAAGCAAAAGCAUAAGAAGGAACUGAGAGUGAAUGCACAAAAUAUGAAGAAACAAAUAGGUUUCCAUAACGAAGAAGACAUAGAGAAAAAAAUAAAAGAAAUAGAAAAUAAGCUAAUGACAUCAACCAUCUCCAUUAAGGAGGAAAAAUUGCUCAUCAACCAGAUACAAGCAUUAAAUAAAAAUAAGCCACUACUCUCCUCCUACAGUAAAAUGGAAAAUGAAGCUAGCAAGUAUGAUGAUGAAACAAUUGUGCCUCUUAAAAGUCGCAUGGAUUCUAUCCGAGAACAAAUUAACAAACUUAGGAAUGAGAAAAAAAAUGAAAGAAAUAAACUUAAAGAUUUGCAAAAUAGCUACCAAGAAAAAAACAACAAACUGAAUGAACUAAAUAACUUAAGAGAUAGUUACUCCAAAAAAAUGAAUACUUAUUUUAUCGAGAGAAGGAACUUAACUGUGGAGAUGGAGGAGAAGAGACAACAGUAUAGAAGUUACAAAAUGAAUUUACUGCAAGCCAAACAACAAAAGUUGAAGGAGGACAGGGAAAGAAAAAACCUUGAGAUCGAAAAAGAAUCUUUGGAGAAGGAACUUGAAGAUAUAGACCUAUUACCUUACAGAGAAGAGCUAGCUUUAAUAGAGAAUAUGCUUGUGUACUUAAAAAAAAUACAAGAAGAGACCAAAUUGGAAGAAGCAAAGAAACAACAGAACAACUCCUCUGCGAAGAAAGUCAAUGGAGAUGUGAACGACACGGAAAACAAAAAAGAGCAAGUGGAUGAUGCACCUGAAAAAGGAAAAAAUGAAGGAAAGAAAAGCAAAGGAAAAAAGGAUAAGCAGAAAAUUUUCAAAUUGGAUAUGAAUAUUCUCUGCUACUUUGUCACAGCGGGCAUAAAUCCUCCCGUUAGUUUUGAUGAGGUCGAUUCUUGUAUUUCCAAGUUGGUAGAGAAGAGGGAGUUUUAUGAGAGCAAGCGGGAGGAGAGCGUCAAGAAUGUGGAGAACAGGAGAGCGGACCUGACGGGCAAAAUUAAGGAAAUCGAAGACAAAUUGACAGCCUUCAAACCGAACGAACAACAGAGAGCCCCGAAACCCAACAAGGCUAAGGCCUGA